UCAUUCUAUGAACGCGCACCCACCAUUUUCUUGAAAACGUCAGACAUGGCCAACACUCCCAGUUGCAGAUUAGAAGUCACCGCCAUCUCCGGCGAAGACCUCCGCAUCAACGGCAGGCCCAUCAAGAACAAUGCCUUCGUCACCGUCAAGGCCGACUCUCACGGCUCGCCAUCGUUGCAUGGCUCGACGAAACCCGACGCCCUGGGGGAGAGCUACCCUCACUGGGAUGAGAAGCUCCACGUGGACUUGCCCGAGGGCUCGCGCUACCUCGUCGGGGAGGUCCGCCGGAGGAGCUCCUCGGCCGGAGACAGGCUUGUCGGGACAGCUUGUAUUCCGGUGUCGGACUUCAUCUACACGCCGAAGAAUCACCUGCACUUCCUGAGUUACAGGCUGAGGGACGCCGAAGGCCUGCGCAACGGGAUUAUCAAUAUCUCAGUGAGGGUUACCGCAUCGUCGGGCUCGUCGCCUUCGGUGCCAGAUUUCGGAGUGCCGGCGGAUCGGGAGAAGAUGCACGGGACGGUGACCGGCGUGCCAGUUUGGUAUCCCAAUCGAUACGAAUCUUGAGAGACAAGUGUUUGGAUUCUGUAAACUUAUUACUUUGGUGUUUUUGGUC